AUGGAUCACUUUGAUCAAACCACUACCACUAUGCACCUCAAAUUUCAGUGCCAUCAAUCCUUUUGGACACAGUAUUGUGCAAUUAUCACCGUCAACCCAGCCCUCUUAAUGGAAAAAGUCCAUGAAACCCUAGAUGGCCGUUUGAUUCUUGCCAAGUUUACACUCCUUGAUAACUCCAUUCAACCCUUUUAUGUUUUAAAUUUAUAUGCUCCUGCGGAACACAGCUCUCGCAGCAAGACCAUGUUCUUCAGCAACAUGAUCUCUAUGAUACAUUCCUUACCUAAUUCGGCGGCCAUCCUGCCGUCCUUGAUUGUUGCCCUGGACUUCAACUACUCCUUCGACAGCAGUAGUUCACACUACACCGUCGAACAUCCUUGUACACCUUUGAUCGAUUUCGUCCAACACAAUUUGCAUGAUUGUUUCAACGUCCCUGGAGAAUCCUUUUAUGAUUUCACCUUCACUAGAGGUACCUCCCGGUCUACGAUUGACUAUGUUUUAAAACAUUUGUCCACAUUGAAAGUGUUUGAGUUUUUCUUCUUUGACCCAGCGGAUCAGCUCCUCCACUUUCGAUCAACGGCGGAAUGCUCCUUCCCUGGUAUCCUUCGUAAGCUCCGUAAUGAUAAAUCAAGUACAGGUGAAUCAAGUGCUGGUGGAUCAAGUGCUGGUAAAUCUAAGAACGAUGAAACUGAAGUUGAUGAUGAUAAACCCACUGGGCCAGAAGCAGGUGGUGCUGGAGCUGAUGAUGCUGGAGCUGGUGAGGCAACUGGUGGAGCGAUGGUUGAUCCAACCAUAGAGCUUCGAAGUCUAUCUCGUUCUCUGAAGGCCAUAAUUCAUCCUCGUUUUGAUUACGGAGUCUUUCUUGGAGUGAUUACGGAUUUCCAAGCUAAUUGCCACUCAUGCAUUCGCGGCUUGUCGAAGGCUGUUGGCAUGCUGGUCGAUUUGGUCUUGGCUGGUCAACAUGCGACACAGAAAAAGAUGUCUUUCUUUGACAUCAAAGCUGUUGAUUUAUUUGAUUGUGGUUUGAGCAAGAGUGUCAAGCCCAUUGCAAUUAUUGACGACAUCAGUGCCAGUGUUCAGGAAUUAUUCGUUUCUAGUGGCUUCUCUCACUCUUUUUGA